CUUAGGAUACCUAGCUGGAUUUGUGAUUCCGAAUCUACCCUAUAUCGGCAUGAGAUCUAGCCGACUUAUAAACUUGUUCAUCCCGCUAGGACUUUUCUCUUUCAAAUCGUUGUUAGCCGGAGCCGACAAGAGCCAUGCGAUAUGGGUAAUCCUACGGAUUACGUCUCGGGCCGCUGCUCGCAGAUCUUUCUCAUAUACAAACCUUCCUUCGCGGGAAGCGGCGUCUUCUUGGCCUUGUUCGCCGUUUUGAUUCCGAUCACAUUAGCCUUGGGGAUCAAGUACAAGAGCUCUGUUUUUGCUACGGCGGUGGUGACGGGACUCACCUUGGAAGUGAUGGGCUAUAUCGGCAGACUCCUGUUGCAUAAUACCCCGACCGAUAGGAGUGGCUUCAUUCUAUUCUUGAUCGGAACUAUCGUGGGCCCGACAUUUAUCUGCGGCAGUAUAUUCCUUAUACCGCCGCAAAUUUUUACCAUCUACGGCGAAGAAUUCCGCUCAUGGAGACCGGUUUGGUAUUCAUUCGUACUCUAUGUGCUUACAGCUGUAUCGCUUGUACUCGAGUUGGCUGGGGUGCUUGUCUCGACAAUUCAAGAUGGCAUAGGAAAAGUUGAUAUAGGCUCCCAUGUCCUCGUCGCUGGGCUAGUUAUUCAACUUGUUGCCCUGGUUAUCUUUAUUGGUCAUGCUAUCCUGUUCGCGAUUGCCGUGCAGACGAGGCACCAUAUGUUGGAUAUUAAAUUUGCCAGCAUAUACAAUAGCAGGUCUUUCAAGGCCUUCUUGUUUGCAUUCACAUUUGCGGUUCUCUUGCUCGUCCUGCGAACAGCCUAUCGAAUCGCGGCGAUUGCCGAGGGAUUCAACAGUUCGAUCGCACAGUCGGAAACGCUGCUACUUAUACUCGACGGGUUAAUGGUACUGCUUGCCACUUUGAUAUUGCUGGCAUUCUUCCCGGGACGAAUUCUACGAGACUCAGGAUCCCAGACAUUACCUCGUAGAUCCCCCAGGACGCCACUUCAACCAAUACGGGUAGCUCCGUACGACUUGCCGUCGACACGAAGCAGCCCGACUUAUAACCGAACCAGUAUCAAGUCUUCUACACCAGGCUAUUCUCUAAGGAAGUUAGCACCGCCUCUUUUAAGGAAUAUGGUGGACAGUGACGCCUUGUGGUAAACGGGGGCGUUAUAUAAACCAAUUUCGGAGAUCACAUAAGGGAUCAUAUGGAAACUCUAUCAGUAGUAUGAAGGGGGUUAUCUAAGUAGCACAUAGCGUUCUCAGCCGCCACUGGACAGGCUGGUUGUGGUGGCCUUGCGG